GCUUCUACUCUGACCUCAGCAAACUAAUGAUGAAAAGAAGGAGACUGUGGGAUUAUUCGUUUCAGCUUCCCUGGACGAUGGAUGGAGAGACAUUCAGUGCCACUUUGGUGCCAUCUGGGAACAUGACACCAGAUUCUAGCAUGAUCCUGGAACAGAAAACAACCUUUGCCUUUGUGAUUUUAUUAUUUAUUUUCUUGGGAAUCCUCGUUGUUCGCUGCUUCCGAAUUCUCCUUGACCCCUACUCAUGUAUGCCAACCUCAACCUGGGCUGAUGGACUUGGUGGAAUGGAGAAGGGCCAGUUUGAUUAUGCUCUUGCUUAG